AGGCACCCGGCAGUAGGUGUGAGGUGAUUUAGGCUGUCUCCCACCGUAGCGUGGCUCCCUGGCAUCUGAUGAUGAGUUUGACCCCCUCCAGGGGAUGCCUCCUGGACCUGCCCUGGGAGGACAUCUUGGUUCCACAUAUCCUCUGUCAUCUGCCACUGCAGCAGCUCCUGAGCCUGCAGAGGGUCAGCAAGUCGUUCCAGGCUCUCAUCCAGCUGUACCUGGCCAACAUGCGCUGCUUUGACUCAAGUCAGAUUGGACCUGCCAUCCCUCGAGCUGCUUUUGUGAACCUGCUGAAGGACAACGAAGUACUGCAGCAGCUGGCACUCCAGAACUGCUCCGACUGGCUCACAGACAGGGAGCUGCUCCCGGUCAUUGGGCAGAACCAUCACCUGCACCAGAUCCAGCUGAAGGGCUGUGCCCAGCUCAGCCGCCACGCGCUGGUGGCCAUCUCGCUGAGCUGCCCCAACCUGCCAGCUAACUGCGAGUGGGUGGACAGCCUGUCCCUGCGCAGCCUGGCUGACCACUGCAAGGCGCUGGAGGCUGUGGACCUGACAGCCUGUCGCCAGCUGAAGGAUGAGGCCAUCUGCUACCUGGUGCAGAAGUGCAGCAGGCUCAAGUCUCUGUCACUGGCUGUCAAUGCCAACGUGGGCGACGUGGCAGUUGAGGAGACUGCCAAGUGCUGCCCUGAGCUGGAGCACCUGGACCUCACGGGGUGUCUGCGAGUCAAGAAUGACUCUAUCAGGGUCCUGGCUGAGUACUGUCCCAAGUUGCGCUCGCUGAAGGUGAAGCAUUGCCACAAUGUGGCUGAGUCCAGCCUGAGCAUUCUCCGAAGCCGUGGGGUGGAGCUGGAUGUGGAGCCUCCGCUGCAGAGGGCUCUCGUUCUCCUCCAGGACGUGGUUGGCUUCGCCCCUUUCAUCAACCUCCAGAUCUAGAACUGCUGCUGCUGGGGAGGGGGAUAUUGAUGCAAUGCUGGUAUACCAAGAUGAUGCUGGAACUGGCUGCUGUGGAGA